UCAAUGUCCACACACACGCUCUACCCGCAGGCGGCAACGACACAGCUCCCGUCACGCGUCAAAAACGACACGACCGCGCUCUACCUCACGGCAGCGCCGCCGCGUGCGACGAAGCGUGCAACCGCUCAAGUUAACUACGCGGAGCUUGACAACGACACGGACUUCCUCCUCGACGAAGAGAAGGCUGCGCACAGCCAGGCCCCGUCCGUGGCGGCUCCUGUGACGCAGGUGGUACCCGCGCGCGUUACGCCACACCAAUACCACACGCCCGCGCAGCUCGAGACCCAGGCGAGCGCGCCGGAGGUGAUGGUGCCAAUCCGGCUCAACCUCGAGCAUGCGAGUAACAACAACUCGCGUCUCGUGGACUUUUUCAUGUGGAACCUCCAUGAGUCGCUCUGCACGCCGGAACACUUUGCGCAGCUCACAUGCCACGACCUCGAUCUCCCCGGGGUGAUGCAAGGUGAGAUGGCGCGGUCGAUUCGCGUGCAGCUUGAGGAGCACGCGACAAUCGCACGCGCGCCGCUCACGGGUGAAGUACACGCAGUGGUGCAUCUCCAGGUGAGUCUCGGGUCGCAACUCCUCGCAGAUCGUCUCGAGUGGGACCUAAGCGACACGACAUACACGCCAGAACGGUUCGCGGGCACGGUGGUAGCGGACAUGGGGCUCGCGCUCGAGUUCAAGCCCGCAAUCGCACACGCGAUGCACGAGACGCUCCUCCGGCUCAAGCGCGACGUAAUCGAGGGCACGUUCGCAUACGAGGUGCGCAACUUUGCGUACAGCGGCGUGCCGCGCGAGACCACCGCGACACAAGUGCUGGUGCAAGCCGGGUUGCGCAUCGACUUGGACCGCAUGAACGGCAGCUGGGCACCGGUCGUUGAGACGUUGACCCAAUGGGAGAUUGAGAAGCGUGAAAUUGAGCGCGAGAGGAACUUGAGACGGUUGAAGCGCGAGACGAUGCGGGUGGUGCCCGUGGAGGAUAAGCGGCGCGGGGGGUAUAAGCGGAGAUACGACGAGUUAGAAGGAACGAUGCGGCCAGUCACGGGGUGGUAA